UAUGCUGGACACAGGUGGAGCUGCUCUGGUUCAAAGUGCUGCGCCGGUCUUUUCAAGAAUGAGUGACCGCCUCCAGCGAGCCCUGACUCCGCCUUCAGGAGGGCUGCGUGCCGCUGAGCGGAGAGAGGCAGCGGCAGUGCGAGCUGCGCCGCGCGUCAGUGAGGGAGACAGACAGAGUUCCUCCUGCAUAUGCGGCCACCGGCACCUCACUGAAACACACCGACCAUGGACCUAUUCGAGUUUGACUUCUUCAGGGACUGGGAGCUGGAGCAGCAGUGUCAUUACGAGCAGGACCGCUCGGCGCUGAAGAAGAAGGAGUGGGAGCGAAGGACACAGGAAGUGCAGCAAGAUGAAGACUUGUUCUCUACUGGAUUUAAUCUGUUUGGUGAGCCGUACAAGACUAACAAAGGAGAUGCCCUGGCUAACCGGGUCCAAAACACACUUGGAAAUUAUGAUGAAAUGAAGGAGCUCCUUACUAGCCAUUCCAACCAGAGUCACCUUGUUGGCAUUCCUAAGAACUCUGUUCCCCAGACUCCAGUGGAGAAACCCGACCAGCCAGGCUUUUUCCCUGAGGCUCAGCGGAGCCGAGCUGCUCCCUCCCAACCUGGAAGUCACAGCACCUCCAUGCCCCCACCCCCUGCCAACACCAUGCCGGGCUCUAGCGUUGUACAUGGACAUCAAGGCAAAAAGUCACGCUCUUCAGACUGGUCCCGAGGGGGUCACUGUUCAAGUGGUGCCCAGACCGCUCAACCGGUCAGCCGGGGAAAGCACUCCAGUCAUGAGCAGACCUCUAGUAGACAUGAUCAGGACCAAGAGGACUCGAGUCCCAAUCCUGGUGGACCUACAACUUCGUCACACUCCAACAGGAAGCAGGCACAGUCUGGCAAAGGACCAGCCACAGCCGAGCUUGGCCUUGGAAAGUCUCCCGCUGAGCAGGACUUAUGCUCCCAUGGCUCGAACUCGCCAAUGGCCUCUACAUCCCUGCUCCCUAGCGGCCUCUUGACGCCGACAUUCCCCCAAGGCCUCCACUGCAAGCCCAGCAGUGCUGUGCAGCAGAAACCCACUGCCUACGUCAGGCCAAUGGACGGCCAAGACCAGGUCCCCAAUGAUUCCCCAGAGCUCAAACCCCCUGUGGAGCUGGUGGAAGGGUACAACAGUGUGCCAUUUGGAGGUCUGCUGGAUACCAAAAGCAGCACAGCUGGGACCAAGGGCAAAAUUCCUAAGCUGACACUGCCACAAUCCGGAGAGGUCAGCCUGUCCAAUGACUCCAGCUGUGUGGAGGAAAUUCUGCGGGAGAUGACCCACUCCUGGCCUCCACCUCUCACUGCCAUCCACACACCAGGCAAAGCUGAACAAACCAAGUUUCCCAUCCCUUCAAAGUUACCAACAUUCUUCAAAAUAUCUUCUUUUGUGCUCAACAGAAACACAUACCCAUUUGGAACAAGUGAAGGAAUGCUUGAGGAUGACCUGAAAAUCAGCAGUGAUGAAGAGGACAAUGAACAGGCCUCUGAGAAGCCCAAGCCCAGGAGCGCUCCUCUCAACCUCCCUGGAACCACACCGCGGACCAGUGAACCGACCGGUCACUCCAGUGGCGCCUCGGGCAGUUCCAGUGAAUCGGAGAGCAGCUCUGAAUCCGACUCAGACAGCGAGAGCAGUUCCAGUGACAGUGAGUGCAACCGAGCGUCCCGUGCUGCCACACCAGAGCCUGAACCUCCAUCAACAAACAAGUGGCAACUAGAUAAGUGGCUAAACAAAGUUAAUCCUCACAAUAAAGCACUAAUUAACAACCAGUCAGACAGUCAUGUGCUUAACAAUUCUCAACCUGAUGAAAGCCAAGCCUCAGAGAACCAGGGCUCCAGCAAGAGCAAGCCCAGCACAACACUGGCACCAGCAGACCCCAAGGAGAGAACAUUGCUCAGUCCUAUCCGAGAGAAGGCCAAACCCAAGACUGGUCAGAAGGCUCCAGACAGCAAAAGCACCAAGGUGAAAUCACCAGCCUCAGUGGAGCUAGCUCCCCCCAGGAGAAGCACUGGAAAGAAGCAGCCCAAAAAGGUGGAGCGAUCUUCCAGUAGCGAGGAGCACAACUGGCCAAGACCAGGAAACUCAAGUUCUACGCCGAAAGAGAAAGAGCCCCCACCUUUAGAGCCGCCAAAACCUAGAGGCAAGGGCCCUGGGGUCAAGACGGCUCCAAGAAAAGAACCUCGGACCACCACAACAAACACUGCACCAACAAAUAUCACACCAGUUCCAGAAAAAAAGAAGCACCGAGGACCCAACAAGAUCAUCCCCAAGUCUAAGGAGUUCAUUGAGACAGAGUCUUCUUCAUCCGAAUGUCAUUCGGACCCUGAAGAGCUCACUAAGGUUCAGAUUCCCUGUCCCGGUCCCAACACCCUAAGCCUGAAAUCCAAGGAUUGCAACAGCAAUAUCCUGAAUGUUAGUAGCCUUACCAGCACAAGCAGUGCCUCUAUUCCUGAUCCAGGUGCUUUGGAUCUCCUGGAAGAGUCCCUCUUUUCUCCCAUCCCCAUUGUACAAAAUGAACUUUUGUCACCACUAAGAGAGUUUGAGGACAUCAAGUCCCUUUGGGUUAAGAUUGAACUCAGCUUCCUGUCACGGAUCCCAGGGCAAGACCCCCCGGAGCCUCCCCCAACCAAGGCCGAGUGUCGGGAGGUCAGUGUCAAGCACAGGCGGCAACAGUCUCCUGCCUCUAUCCCUGCAGAAAAGAACCCUAGUAGAUCAAAGAGGAAACACAAGGCAAGUGUGCAGUGUUCUCACUCUCAUUUCAUGCUCUAUAAUUAUAAAAUCAAGGACUGCAAUAGCAAAAUAAUCAUAGAGUUUGAGGACAUCAAGUCCCUUUGGGUUAAGAUUGAACUCAGCUUCCUGUCACGGAUCCCAGGGCAAGACCCCCCGGAGCCUCCCCCAACCAAGGCCGAGUGUCGGGAGGUCAGUGUCAAGCACAGGCGGCAACAGUCUCCUGCCUCUAUCCCUGCAGAAAAGAACCCUAGUAGAUCAAAGAGGAAACACAAGAUGGACAAGUUUGGAAAAGCUGUGAAUUACGCCGAUGGAGCGCUCUCGUUCAUCGAAUGCGGCAACGCCAUGGAACGAGACCCGUUAGAGGCCAAGUCACCAUACACAAUGUAUUCAGAAACCGUAGAGCUCAUCAGGUACGCAAUGAGAUUAAAGAACUUCACAAGUCACUCUGCCACAAUAGCUGAGAAGAAGCUCGCUGUACUGUGCAAUCGUUGUUUGUCACUUCUGUACUUGCGAAUGUUCAAGCUGAAGAAAGAUCAUGCGAUGAAGUAUUCCCGCUCACUAAUGGAGUAUUUUAAGAAUUCUGCAAAAAGUUCCCAAGCACCUUCGCCGUGGGGAGCCAAUGGAAAGUACGUGCAUUUUGCUCUCUUUGUCCUUUUGUAUUUCUGCCAGCUUGUGAAAAGAUUCCAUCUUGCUUGA